AUGGCCCUUUGCACCAACGAGGGCAUUCGAUUUAUCGUCAACACUAAAGAGCCAUACACUGGUGCUAUUUAUGCCGCUGAAAGAUUCUCAACUUGCUCUCAGUGCGUACGAGAGAACGACGAAACAAAUCAGAGUAUCACCUUCACACCCACAACAAACUGUAGUCAUCCGACGGGAACCGAUUAUCAGGUUACCACGGAGUGGGACCGAUUCUGCUAUCGAUCUUCAUGCGACGUGCUCCAGUUGGACAAAAUGACCAAGAAGCGCUGCGGUUGGUGUUCACAAAAUACCACUGUUCUGGAGGUAGCCACGCCUCCUCCAGUCACUGCUGAGCUCACCAUUCUAAAUCAGCUUGAAGAACCUUUGCAUAAGGCUUCAAUUGGAGACCCACUGAUGCUGGUGAUCACAUCGGAACAAGCUGGACCUCACAACAUGAUGAUCACCGAAUGCACCGCUACCCGAGUUGGAGGAUUUGGCGACAGCGUGCCGUUUACUCUUAUCGAGAAUGGAUGUCCGCGCUAUCCUGCCUUGGUUGGACCAGUGGAGCAAGAUUUCGACAAGAACAGAUUAAAGAGUGACUUACGUGCAUUCCGCCUGGACGGUUCUUACGAUGUCCAGAUCAUCUGCUCAAUUAUGUUCUGUGCUGGACCCAACGGAUGUCCUGUGUCAAACUGCUUGGACUCUGGCACCAACGAGCUGUUCAUGUCACACGGACGAAAGAAACGUUCAACAACACCUACAGAGGGACAAACUGAAGAGACAUUGUCGGCCAUCAUCCGUGUGCUUGCCAAAGGAGAGGAAGAGGAACUGCAAUCAGCUAAUCGAACGCUUCUCAGCGUGAAUGAUAUGGACCUUGUAUGCAUGUCGGAGACGUGGUUCGUCUCAUCGAUAGUGUCCGUGUCCGUCUGUUGCCUGCUCUUCUCCGCCCUCAUCGUCGUUUGGGGAUGUCACUCGUUGAACACCACCAAAGUCAAACUUCCUAUGUAA